UAUCCUGGGUCGAGCUCAGUCUGGGUCCAGAUGUGAGGAAACGGCUUUCUGGGAAUAUAAAAAAGACACAGCUAACCUCGGAGAAGCACAUUAUCUUCUGAUUUCUGAUCCUUACAUUUAUCUCUUUUAUAAAGCAGAGCAUGAUGGGACUCUGGCGGCUGCAGCUGGGAGGUCUGAUGGUGAUCACGGCUUAUAUCCAGGCUCUCUGUGCGUCAGACAUCUGCAGUGAGGAGGUGGCUCGGCUUCGUGAACAGGAACGGCUUCUGAAGAUCCAGCUUCAGGACCAAGAGCUCCUCCUCCAGAAAUUACGACAUCAGAACCAGCCUGACCACAAAGCUGGAGCCGGAUCUGACCAGAACCAGGACACGCUGCACACAGACUGUUCUCAGCUCUUCAGUUCAGGCUCCAAAUCCAGUGGAUCUUACAGGAUCAGGCCUCUGAGCAGUCCGUCUCCUCUCAGAGUGUACUGUGACAUGAGCGAUGGAGGAGGAUGGACCGUCAUCCAGAGACGGAUCAACGGGACUCAGCGCUUCGACAGGUCAUGGGCGGAGUAUAAGGCGGGGUUUGGAGACAUGGAGGCGGAGCGAGGAGAGUUUUGGCUUGGAAAUGACAAACUGCAUGACAUCACAACCCAAGGGAACUAUUCUCUGAGGAUCAUCCUGGAGGACUUUGACGGGAACCUGCGCUACGCCGAGUACAGGAACGUCAGAGUGGCCAGUGAAAAGGAUCAGUACCGUCUGAACUUUGGGGCGUAUGUGGGCACGGCGGGGGACGCUCUGUCUGGGACGUAUGAGACUGGAGUGUCAGAUUGGGCCAGCCACCAGGGGAUGAAGUUCAGCACCUAUGACCAGGACAACGAUAAGUACGGCGGGAACUGUGCCAAGGAGGACAGCGGAGGCUGGUGGUUCAACAGGUGUCACUCGGCUCACCUGAACGGCAGGUACUACCGUAACGGCCACUACAGCGCAGUGACAGACGAUGGGAUAGUCUGGUACCCCUGGAGAGGAUGGUGGUACUCCCUGAAGACCAGCAUCAUGAAACUGAGACCAAAUGACUACAGACCUGAUCCUGUGGAUGACCCCAACACAGUCCAGCAAAGACAGACAGAUUAAGUCCUCUUAGACCAGGGUCGUCAAACUCAAUCACAGCAGGGGCCGGAUUCUGGAUUCAGGACCAACCUGAGGGCCUAGCAGGGUCACCUUUUUAACCAGAAACUGCCAACCUUGUUUCACCGGUGAUAAAAUAUUUAAAAAAAC